AUGGCAGAAGAAGCUCCAGCACCCGCCGUCGCCGCAGCGCCGGCUAAAGCACCGAAGAAGAAGGCGGCGUCCAAACCUAGAAAAGCGGGACCCAGCGUUGGCGAGCUUAUCGUUAAAGCUGUGUCUGCCUCUAAGGAGAGAAGCGGGGUUUCACUCGCCGCUGUGAAGAAAGCCUUGGCUGCAGGUGGCUACGACGUAGAGAAGAACAACUCCCGCGUCAAACUUGCAGUCAAGAGCUUGGUAACUAAAGGCACCCUUGUCCAGACCAAAGGCACAGGCGCAUCUGGUUCUUUCAAGCUAAACAAGAAGGCGGAGGCUACUCAGAAGCCUGCCAAGAAAGUCGCGCCGAAAGCCAAGAAACCGGCAGCUAAGAAGCCCGCUGCCGCCAAGAAGCCCAAGAAGGCAGCGGCAAAGAAGCCAGCUGCGGCCAAGAAGUCCCCCAAGAAGGCAAAGAAACCAGCCGCCGCUCCAAAGAAAGCCGCCAAGAGCCCCAAAAAGGCCAAGAAGCCAGCAGCGCCCAAAAAGGCGACCAAGAGCCCCAAGAAAGCCAAGCCUAAAGCAGCUAAACCCAAGGCAGCCAAGGCGAAGAAGGCAGCCCCCAAAAAGAAGUAA